AAAUGAUGAAAGAAAAUAUAAUCGAAAACAUUUUCUAUCGGUUCAACCCUUACUUUCCUGAAAAGGAUCUGCCAAAUUACGAUAUUAAUCCUUGGGAUUGUCAGGACCCUAACCUGAAAUUAGGAGACAGCAGUGUCAACAUGACGACGACCCUGUCACUUCUACUAGUCCUCGUGAAAACUACUAAACAAUACCUGGAUGAAAAUCCUAGCUUUAGAAAGGUGUUGCCUUAUCCUGAUUGUUAUGCUCAGAGAUGUUUCAUAUGGGCAUACCGUUACGAAUGUCGCACGCGGGAGCAUCGCCACGAGCGAACUACGCUGACAGUCAUAGCGGCUGUGCUGACCAAGUGCUUCGGAGAUAAACUGCGUCUGUUCUCUUCUAUUUUGAUGCCAGAUGUGAUGUCACUAUCAGUCCUGACGGAGCUACCUCCAAGAGACGACUGGACGGCGACCAUCAACUUCAACACCUUCCAACAAGAUGUCCAGUUCAAGAAAGUACUCAUUUACUUCGUCGUUGAUCUCCUUAAAGCGUUCCCUUAUAAUAAAUUCAUGGUAGUAUCCCAGCACUGGUUGCUAGGCAUCAUGUACUUGCUAGACCCUGGACUCUGCAGCCUCAGGUCGCGGUGGUCACCGCCACUGUUCGCUGAGUUGCGCAAAACUGCUCUACAAGCCCUGGUCUGCACGAUACCGUUGUGUGAUCGAAAGUUGGUGAAGCAGUAUGGAUUGAUUAGAAGGUUAAUGUGGUACAUCGAAUGGUAUUCAGAGAAGCCGUACGAGCUCCCCGUGUUGUACUGGUGCGUGCGUCUACUGCAGGUAGCCACGCUGCACAGCCGCGACCCUGAGAGGCGGGUCGUCAUGCAGGACCUCUUCAAUACGCAUGGCAUUAUUAUAUUGAUACACCUCUGCUACACCCUCAUGGAACAGAAACUCCCCCCAGUAGAAAGAAGUCAGGCUGUCAUAGCACUUGCCUUACGGUUAUUAACCAGCGGGGUUAUAGCUAACAAGAAGGUCUCUUGCUGCGUGUAUCCGAAUAUCAAGUGGCCUAAAUCUGCGAAUGCUUUAGCUAAGAAGAUGUUGGAAGUCGUGCUGUAUUCGCUGGAUAAACACUUUAUUGUUAGUGAUAGGUGGUUGAUAUCGCUGUUAAACUUCAUUUGGGAGGCAAUCGUCUGGAGGCCGGAGUAUCGAGCGCAAUUCGUUGCUAACGAUGGUAUUUACAAACUACUGGACAUGAUUACGAUGACUCGUCCCCCAGUCCAGUGCAUCGCACUAGCGCUGGUCUGCGACAUCACCCGCGCGGGCGAUGCGGUCGGUCAGCUCGUAUCGUGGCGAGCACAUCUUGGUGCCUCUAAUGCGAAUCCUACUGUGGUGAAGCGUGGUGCUACUAUAGCCAGCCUAUUAGCCGCAGUGUUCCGCGAAAGCUGUCGAUCGUCAGGAGUGAAAUUGAACGAGUAUGGAGUCAUACAAGACUUGGAGUGUCCCAUCGUCUCGCUGGAGGCUCGAAACGCCGUCGGUAAGAUCGACGAACUGAUGCGCUCUCACUCCACACCCGAGUGUCCUGCAGCCGCCGAUAUGGCUGGCUCUUGCAUGCCGAAGGCUUUUGCAAUAUUACACAUGCUGUCGGAAGAUUUGGAACACAGAGUUGCUCUGGCCGAUGAAGCGUACAAUCUAUACGAGAACAUUAAAUUGGCUAUGGAAGACGAGGUGAUUUUGGUGCUCGUCUCUCACUAUCUUACGUUAAAACUUGCCGAAGUUUGGAGAGAAACCAAACUCCAGAGCGUUGAAAUAUUUGCCAAGGAUGACAUACUUCUCGACGACUUUUUAGCUGUUGGCAGAGGGUGGGCCAAAGAAAUUAAACGACAGCAAGAAGAUGUCUUCGCGCGAGAUAAGAAAAAGGAACGCGAAGAAGAAUGUUCUCUCUACUCGUUCCUCGGGCGCAUUCGGCUGAACAUAGCUCUCGACGCGUUACGCGCCGUACGUUGCGUAUCGCGUUCUACGGACCGACACCGCGUGACGCACGCGUUGAUACACGACGCGGUGUUCGCUCAUCAUCGGCGUAGUGUCUUCGCGAAGAAGACGAAUACUUCGCUGCUGAGGACUUUUAAUCCGCCUUUGGAUGAUCAGAAUAUAACUGGACAGAACGUGAAGAUAAGAAGCAUACAUCCCCCGAAUGUGCCAAAAGCGCUGGUCCAUGGCUCUUCAACUGGGUCACAGGCUAGCGAAUAGACCGCCGUCUAUUGAAUAUACCUAAUAGACCAGUCUUCAUUAUGCGUUAGUUUCUCGGGGACUGCUAAUUGAUAGUGUUAUUUUAUUAUCACGCUUUUAUAGGUUGACUGUAUGUGACUAUUUAAUGGC